AAAAUAGAAAUUGCUAAAUUACAUUCUAUCCUGAUAACUACAAACCCUAAAUCAAAUAUUAACUUCACGCUUUCGUAGUUCUUUCUGCCGCUUCCCGCUUCCCGCUUCUGAUAAACGGUGACGCUGCCGACGAGCCGGCGACCGGCGAAGCUGCCGACGUAGAGCAUUUUCACAGUCGAUACGGCGACGCAGAGUUCCUCCACCAUCGAGCCGGCGACGCUGCCAUCGGUAUAUCUGAUUUUGGCCAACACUACCAUCGGUGACAACGAGAAUUGGAUUGUCCAACACCGCUAUCAACGACUCGGCAUCCAUUGUGACAGCUGUGUUAGCAAUGGCUACUUUGAUUUCUCAAAAUGCGGUUUCUAAAGACAGAGGUGAGAAGAUGAAAAGAAAGAAUCCUGAUCUUGAUGAACCUUUACCUUUAGAUGUGUUACAAGAAACAAAAAUGUCAGAAAAUUUGAGCAUAGUGAAGCCUAAGAAGAAAAAGAGAGAGGACAAAGAAGCUGAAACUGAGAUGAAGAAACUUGAAAACGUCUUGUUUGGGUCUUUGUAUCCAGUUGAGUUUGGGAAGAACAUUGAAGAAGAAGAAGAUGCUUUGUUCUUUACUGAUCGGUCUGCCAACAGUGCAUUGUCUGUAUACGAAGAGGAUGCAGCAAUCAUUGCCACAAAGGAUUACGCCCCACGGACACCCGUUUGGGUAGACGAAGAGGAAGCAAAAACAAACAUAAACAUUUCAAAAGUCAACCGUUUAAGAAAGAUCCGGAAAGAAGAAGAUGAGAAACUAAUAUCCGGAUCCGAGUAUGUAUCAAGAUUGCGGGCCCAUCACAUGAAGCUCAACCCGAGCACAGACUGGGCCCGGCCCAAUUCACAUGUUUACAACUCCGAUGACAACGAUGGAGAUUUUGAUGGUAUUCUUCAAACCACUGAAGAUCUUGUUGUUUCGGGCAUGGGCAGCUCAAAACUGCUGCCCGGGUUACUUGAGUAUUCAAGAUUAGUUGAUGCAAACGCACAGGACCCAUCCAGCGGUCCGAUUAAUUCGGUUCAGUUCCAUAGAAACGGUCAGUUACUCCUAACCGGUGGACUCGACAAAAAGCUGCGGUUUUUUCAGAUCGAUGGAAAACGAAACACAAAAAUUCAAUCCAUUUUUGUUGAUGAUUGUCCAAUCAGAAAGGCGUCUUUCACGCCAGAUGGUUCCCAGGUUAUUCUCUCCGGAAGGCGAAAGUUUUUUUACAGCUUUGACUUGGUCAAAGCGAAGAUGGAUAAAAUCGGGCCGUUAGUGGGGCGUGAGGAGAAAAGCCUAGAAGCUUUUGAAAUCUCCCCGGAUUCGAAAACAAUUGCGUUUAUUGGCAACGAAGGGUAUAUUCUACUGGUGUCAUCCAAAACAAAAGAAUUAAUAGGAACUCUAAAAAUGAACGGAACUGCCCGGGCUUUAACUUUCGGGAAUCACGGGCAGGAGUUGGUAGCCACGGGCGGGGACGGGCAGAUCUACCAUUUUGAUAUGAGAAGCAUGAGUUGUUUCCAUAAAGGUGUUGAUGAAGGGUGCUUAACAGGUACAGCUCUUGGAAUGUCACCAAAAGGGAACAUAUUUGCAGCGGGGUCCGAUAGUGGGAUUGUGAAUAUUUACAAUAAGGAGGAGUUUUUGGGGGGAAACAGAAAACCAAUGAAAAGGAUCGAGAAUCUGACAACAAAAGUUGAUUUUAUCAAGUUUAAUAGUGAUGCGCAGAUUUUGGCAAUUUGUUCCAGUAUGAAGAAGAACAGUAUGAAGUUGGUGCAUGUACCUUCCUUCACUGUUUUUUCAAACUGGCCACCAGCAAAUAAGGCGUUGCAGUAUCCUCGGUGUUUGGAUUUUAGUCCGAGUGGAGGGAUGAUGGCUUUGGGGAAUGCUGCUGGUCAUGUGUUGCUUUACAAGUUAAACCAUUACCUACAUGCAUAAAGUAGCCAUACACAAGCUAAAUCUGUCUGGUUUUUACCUUACUGAAGCAUUUUUGUUUUUACUUGAUAGGAUUAAGUUACAGCGACAUCUAUCUUCGCUGUGUUUAUUUUUGGCUAAAUGUUGUUUUGGUUACAAUUUGUAUUAUUUUUAUUAUUAUUAUUAUUAUUUAUUUAUGAUGUUA